ACUGUGAAAAGAUCAACCAAUAACAGCACUUAACCUUUUCAAGCAAGGCCUGGACCACUUUCCUGGUGAGGUUACUCUUCUAACAGGAAUCGCUCGCAUACAUGAGGAGAUGAACAACAUCUCAUAAGCCACAGAGUAUUACAAAGAUGUCCUGAAGCAGGACAACACUCACGUGGAGGCAAUAGCCUGCAUAGGCAGCAAUCACUUCUACACUGAUCAGCCUGAGAUCGCCCUGCGCUUCUACAGACGGCUACUUCAGAUGGGGGUUUAUAACUGCCAGCUGUACAACAACCUGGGCUUGUGCUGCUUCUACGCGCAGCAGUACGACAUGACUCUGUCCUCAUUUGAGAGGGCUCAGGCCCUGGUGGCCAAUGAUGAAGAGCAGGCUGAUGUGUGGUACAACAUAGGACAUGUGGCUGUGGGCAUAGGAGACUUGACGCUGGCCUACCAGUGUUUUAAACUGGCUUUGGCUUAUAAUAAUGACCAUGCGGAGGCCUACAACAACCUGGCUGUCCUGGAGCUGCGCAAAGGUCGUAUUGAACAGUCUAAAGCCUUCCUGCAGACGGCUGCAUCACUGGCCCCUCACAUGUAUGAGCCACACUUCAAUCUCUCCAUUCUCUCUGAAAAGAUUGGAGACCUUCAAAGCAGCUACACCGCCGCCCAAAAGUCUGAGGACUCCUUCCCGGAGCAUGUCGACACUCAGCAGCUCCUUAAGCAACUUCGGCAGCACUUUGCGGUGCUGUGAGCGUCAGACCAGCAUGCUUAGAAAGCAAGGUGUGGUUUGAAUAAUACAGUUGUUA